AUGAAGUCCAAUGUCGACCAUAAUAAUACAAACGAAAGGUCACUUAUAGCUGCAUGUGAUUGUGGACAGUUAGAUGCAGUGAAACAGAUUAUCAAAGGUGGAGCUGAUGUUAAUAUGAAAGAUGUGGAUAAAACACCGCUUAUAGUUGCAUGUUUUAAAGAACAUUUACAUGUAGUUAAGGAAUUGAUUAAAGCAGGGGCAGAUGUCAAUCUAGAAAAUGAAUUUAUUUCACCUCUGCAGGUAGCCUGUUAUGAAGGACAUUUGAGUAUAGUCAAAGAGUUGAAAAAAGCGGGUUUUGACUACAAUCACAUAACAGGUGCUAAGAAAGGGUUUAUGGGUGCGUGCUUUUUUGGACAUACCAGUGUAGUGAAGGAGUUGACAGCAUGUCAUGUUAAAGUCAAUCUAACAUAUAAAAAUGAAACGCCGCUAACAACUGCCAUUUUUAUGGGACAUUUAAACAUUUUCAAAGAGUUGAUAAAAGCGGGAGCUGAUAUUAACCUAACUGGAAGUAGAACACCACUGAAUCUUGCAUGCUAUCGUGGACAUGUCAGUAUAGUAAGGGAGUUGAUAAAACAUGGAGCCUCUGUCAAUCAAAGCGAUGGAAAAGAAACAUCACUAUCAAUUGCAUGUAGAAGAGGACAUGAUGAUGUGGUCGAGGAGCUUAUAAAACCGGGAGCCGAUGUCAACCAAAGCGAUGGAAACAAAACACCACUAACUACUGCAUGUGAAAAAGGACAUGAUGAUGUAGUCGAGGAGCUUAUAAAAGCGGGAGCCGAUGUCAAUCAAAGCGAUGGAAACAAAACACCACUAACAACUGCAUGUGAAAAAGGACAUGAUGAUGUGGUCAAGAAGCUAAUAAAAGCGGAAGUUGAUGUCAAUCAAAGCGAUGGAAACAAAACACCACUAACAACUGCAUGUGAAAAAGGACACUAUUGGGUGGUCGAGAUGCUAAUAAAAGCGGGAGCCGAUGUCAAUCAAAGCGAUGGAAACAAAACACCACUAACAACUGCAUGUGAAAAAGGACACGAUGAUGUGGUCAAGAAGCUAAUAAAAGCGGAAGUUGAUGUCAAUCAAAGCGAUGGAAACAAAACACCACUAACAACUGCAUGUGAAAAAGGACAUGAUGAUGUGGUCGAGGAGCUAAUAAAAGCGGGAGCCGAUGUCAAUCAAAGCGAUGGAAACAAAACACCACUAACAACUGCAUGUGAAAAAGGACAUGAUGAUGUGGUCGAGGAGCUAAUAAAAGCGGGAGCCGAUGUCAAUCAAAGCGAUGGAAACAAAACACCACUAACAACUGCAUGUGAAAAAGGACAUGAUGAUGUGGUCAAGAAGCUAAUAAAAGCGGAAGUUGAUGUCAAUCAAAGCGAUGGAAACAAAACACCACUAACAACUGCAUGUGAAAAAGGACACUAUUGGGUGGUCGAGAUGCUAUUAAAAGCGGGAGCUGAAGUCAAUCAAAGCGAUGGAAUUAAAACGCCACUUGUAGUUGCAUGUGAAAGGGGAGAUAUUACUGUGGUCAAAACAUUGAUAAAAGCUGGGGUUGAUGUCAAUCAAAGCGUUGGAAACAAAACACCACUUAUAGUUGCAUUUGAAAAGAAACAUUGGAUCGUUGUAAAAGAGCUAAAUAAGGCCAUCACUGAUGCCAAUGAAAGUAAGAAAAGCGAAAGAAAACAAAAAACACCACCAACAGUUGAUAAGAAAUUGGGCAUUAACAGAUGCUGUAUUUUCUGA